AUAUUAAUUGAAAUCACUGCGGAGAGGUGCGUAUUAUGAGUGGAAAAUGUGGCAAGUGAGGCGCGCAUUGUCGGGUCAGUGUCAGACCCUACUCGGCGUCCUGCUUCUGAGCGCCGCUUUAAUAAUUCAGAGCGUACAAAUCGGCGCCACGAAAGCUCAGCCGAGACACGAACCCGCUGCGGCAGAGUCGAAUGCCGCGGAGCCGCGAGUGCGAGCAGGAAGUGAACGCAGACAGCCGCGCAGUGUGUUCCAUGUGCGAUGGAAUCCCAAUGAAAAGUUCGUUGUGGAGAGCCGCGAGAGUCCGGCCAUUAACUCCUCGAAGCUGGCGCCCCAUCCGCGGCUGAAGGUCUCCAAGAACACGAAGCUCACGCUUAGCCCCAAGCUGUACAUGUGCCACGACAAGUACUCGGAUCAGUGCCACAACAAGACGCAGCAGUUCCGCCAGCGCAUUGUGCAGACGUUCGAAAAGUCCAUGAGCGAGUCGCUCAACGAUUCGCACCCCAAUCCCUACCACGUGGACUACAAGCCCGUGUUCGGGGAUAGCUUCGAGGAGCAGUACUAUCCGUCCACCUGUCUGGUCAUGGAAGCGGGCGUGCGAGUGCUCCGCCGCAAAGAUGCUCCCUUUGACAAGAUGCCCUUCGGCCGACUCUUUCCGCGCCAGAAACUCUUUCGCAACAUCAAGAACAUCAAGACCUGCGCGAUUGUCUCCAGCGCGGGCUCCCUGGCAGGCUCCAAGCUGGGUCGCUUCAUCGACACGCACGACAUUGUGAUGAGAUUCAAUCAUGCACCGACGCAAGGACACGAGGUGGAUGUUGGCAGCAAAACCACAAUUCGUGUGGUGAAUUCUCAAGUGGUCACCAAGCCCGAGUUCGACUUUGCCCACGCACCCAUCUUUCGGAAUGUGACGAUCGCCGCCUGGGACCCGGGCAAGUACAAUGGCACACUGGAGGACUGGCUCACCAGCUCGGACUACGAUUUGUUCACCAACUACGAGAUCUACAGGCGUCGCCAUCCCAAGUCGCGAGCCUUCCUCAUCGAUCCCCAUUCCGUGUGGCGCCUAUGGCAGACGCUGCAGAUGUUUGCCGGCAACCGUUCCAUUCGACGUAAUCCCCCCAGUUCGGGUUUCAUUGGUCUGGCUUUGCUCUUGCCCCAUUGUCCGCAGGUCGACUUUGUUGAGUAUAUUCCCUCCACGCGACUCAAUGGACGCUGCCACUACUACAGCAAGGAGAUGAAUGCCGCCUGUACAUUCGGCUCUUGGCAUCCCCUGGCCGCCGAGAAGCUGAUGACACUGGACAUGAAUACGGCGGAUGAUAUGUCUGUCUUCCAGUUUGGCAUAUUGCGUAUACGCAGGCCGGAUAAGCUGCUCUGCGGCUUCAACUUCUUUGGCUAUUGAGCAAGGCUCUUCCGCAGCAGCAGCAGCGGAAGUGCUGCCGUGGGACAAUCGACAUGCAUUUAAUCAGCGGUUUUCACCAAGUGCAAUAAACAAUUCCAAC